UUGCAUUUUCUUGUCUAUAAGAAGGCCGUAUCUCAUUCAGAAGUGUGUCAACCUAAGAGCGAGUAAGUACUUGAUAAGUAAGAGAGAGAGAGAGAGCGAAGAUUAUGGGAGGCCAAACGCCAUGCGCAGCUUUGAGGAACAUGUUGAACAAAUUUAAACCAUACCUGUCAAUGGUGUCUCUGCAGUUUGGAUAUGCAGGGAUGUACAUAAUCUCCAUGGUUUCUUUGAAGCAUGGCAUGAGCAAUUUCAUCCUUGCUACUUAUCGUCAUGUUGCUGCCACCAUUGUCAUUGCACCCUUUGCUUUUCUUCUUGAAAGGAAAAUAAGGCCAAAGAUGACCCUCCCUAUCUUCCUCAGGAUUGUCAUUCUCGGUUUCCUCGAGCCAGUGCUUGACCAGAAUUUAUACUUUUUGGGAAUGAAGUACACAUCAGCAACAUAUGCGUCGGCUUUCCUUAACAUAGUUCCUGCCGUUACCUUCAUAAUGGCAAUGAUUUUUAGGUUAGAGAAAAUCAACGUGAAGAAGAUACGAAGUGUGGCAAAGAUUAUUGGAACUGCAAUCACAGUCAUGGGAGCAAUGGUGAUGACUUUGUACAAAGGUCCCAUUAUUGACUUUGUCAAGUCCGGAGGAGCUAUACACCAUGGAACUACCGCUGAAUCUGCAGAUAAACACCGGGUUACCGGAACAAUAAUGCUUCUUGGAAGCGUCUUUUGCUGGUCAAGCUUCUUUAUUUUGCAAUCCUUCACAUUGAAGAAGUACCCGGCUGAACUCUCUCUUACAGCUUGGAUAUGUUUCAUGGGAAUGUUAGAAGGUGCAGGAGUGUCCCUGGUUAUGGUCCGUGACCUUAGUGCCUGGAAAAUAGGCUGGGACUCAAGGCUUCUUGCUGCAACUUACUCUGGAAUAGUGUGCUCUGGAAUCACGUAUUACGUGCAAGGAGUCGUGAUCCGGGAACGAGGACCGGUAUUUGUAACAUCUUUUAGUCCUCUAUGUAUGAUCAUCACUGCUGCACUAGGGGCCAUUAUUUUAGCAGAAAAACUCCACCUUGGAAGCAUACUUGGAGCCAUUAUUAUAGUCUUAGGGCUUUACACUGUGGUGUGGGGUAAAAGCAAAGAUGGGAAAAACACAGAAACUGAUGACAAAAGCAAUGGCCUGCAAGAAUUGCCAGUUAAAAACAAUGCUAAAGCAAUCAGUGUUGAUGUGGGCAUUGAUGGAUCUGACAAAAUUGUUAAUAUUCCAACUUCAAAGAACCCUUUUUAGCACUCCCCAAGGGAUAGAAAAUACUAUGUAAACCAUCCCAUCUCUCUCCAUCUCAAAGACAAGUAAUUUCUAGCUUAUCAUCUUUUUGCUUGUACUCUAAGGUCUUCAAGUUGGUGAAGUAAAAACCAUGAUGAACCGUUGCAGUUUGCCAA